AUGCAUACCACCAGCAGGGUAUCUGUGCGCCACUGGUGGUACCAGUACCACGGCUCCGGAACCGAUCUCUGCUAUGUUUUACAGCAACUGAAGCACCCCAACCUGGUCAACCUGCUGGAAGUGUUUAGGAGGAAGCGGAAACUCCACCUGGUCUUUGAAUACUGUGACCACACGGUGCUCCACGAGCUGGACAAGCACCCGCAGGGGGUGCCUGAGCACUUAGUCAAGAGCAUCACGUGGCAGACACUUCAGGCUGUGAACUUCUGCCACAAGCACAAUUGCAUCCACCGGGACGUGAAGCCGGAGAACAUCCUGAUCACCAAGCACUCGGUCAUCAAGCUUUGCGACUUCGGAUUUGCUCGCAUCCUGACUGGACCCAGUGACUAUUACACAGACUAUGUGGCAACCCGGUGGUACCGUUCUCCUGAGCUGCUCGUGGGAGAUACUCAGUAUGGCCCUCCUGUAGACGUCUGGGCCAUAGGCUGCGUUUUUGCAGAGUUGCUCUCUGGUGUCCCUCUGUGGCCUGGCAAAUCAGAUGUCGACCAGCUGUACCUAAUCAGGAGGACACUAGGGGACCUAAUUCCCAGACAUCAGCAAGUAUUCAGCACCAACCAGUUCUUCAGUGGGGUAAGGAUUCCAGACCCGGACAAUAUGGAGCCACUGGAGGCGAAAUUCCCUAACAUUUCAUAUCCUGCUCUAGCCUUGAUGAAGGGCUGCCUUCAUAUGGACCCUGCUGAGAGACAAACCUGUGAGCAGCUACUGCAACACCCGUACUUUGAUGGCAUUAGAGAAUCGGGAGAAUUGGGAAAGGAGCAUGAAAAAGCUGCUCGGAAGCCAGCCAGGGCAACACGAAAGCACAUGCCAGGGCUACAGCACCUUCCUCAGUUAACCAGCAGUAACGUGUUACCAGCUUUGGAUAACAAGAAGUAUUUUUCCAACACAAGAAAACUGAACUACCAUUUCCCCAACAUCUGAGAAGAUACCGGCCACUACUAACAACUAAACUACAAGCCCUCCAGAAUUUUUUUUAAAAAAAGAUUUGAGGUGAAAAACUAAACCAACAUAAAUGCUAUGAUACGGAUGUGAGUGAUCUGUAAAGUUACUUGUUAGGGGACAUCAAAGGAAGGAAAAUCCUGCAUAGAGAGUGCCCAAAGCUGUUAAUCAGUGUUCUGUGUACAAAGCAAAACACAUAGUUAUGUUGCUUUUAUUUGUGAUUGUAUUGUGGUUUGGGAUUCCUGGGAACCAGUGCUUACAGUAUGUGACACUAAUAACGUGCAUCUACUGCCUGUAUUGAAGACUUUGCAGUCAAAUCAUGUGCAUGCCAAACAGGUUUGUUCCAGAAAGCCCUGUUCUGUCAAAGUGAUAAUAUAAACCAUUGUCUGUGACUGUAUUACACAGCAGGAAUAAUAGAUGCAGCAAGGACUCGUGCACAGGCUGCGCUGCAUUCCUGUGAGCAGGGAGUCCUACCUGAGGAACCUGCUAUGUUCUUCAGGAUUGGGCCAGCAGGCUGUCGUGCUAACCGCAUCAGUCACUCGUUUGGAUGAACUUGCUGAAAUCCAAGUAUUUGUAGUAUUGCCCCAAGUUGUGCACUUCAGAUAGGAAAAAGAGCAUUAGGAAGAGCCAAGAUCAGUAAAUGUAGCAGAAUGCCCCUCAGGCGAGGUUAUCACUUGUGGAGGGAAUAAAUGUAAUUAAUAAUACCAUGGUCUUGCUUUAGACUAGAUUUUACAGGACUCCUGCCUCUGUCUUCCUAGCUUUAUCCAAGAGGCAAGGAUUUCUUAGGGCGAUAGCUUUCUAUUGGACCAGCUGCAUAGUUGGAAGAGUUAGAUAAGCUUUUGAAUACAAGAUGCUCUUCAUCGGGUCUGAGCAGCUAAAGGCUGCAGAGUAUAGUAUUAUGCAGUGGUUUCGUUUAAUGUUUUGCUGUUGACCCAGUCAUUUCUCUGUAACUUUGCAGGUGUUGAUAUUGCCCAAACAAUCCCAGGACCUGUUUAGGAAGGCACAGGCAGGGAGUGCUCUUCAGUAGCUACCUUAGUAUACAUCUCAUUUCUUUGGGUAAUCUUGGGAUGUAAUAUUCUGUUGGGUUUUAAUAGAAUACAAGUAACUUGUCUUUCUGGCAUAAUAUGUGUCUUAAUGUUUGGUAAGUGUACACAGUGAUGUAUGUACGUAGAACCACUUCAGGAGUCUUUAACAGCUGUUUGAAGUACAGAGCAAGAGGUGCGUGUUCUUUUGAAUACUAUAGGUAUAAUGCAUUUGAAAUAUAUGAGAUUCUCUUAGUGAGGCAGAUCAUGUAUCCUCACACAAUUAAAUGUCUACUGAACUUUCUAUUUGUAUCCUCAUAUUGGAAUGUUCAAAUUCCUGGACUAAUACAGCUAAUGUAUUUUAAUCUUGA